UGUUUAGAAGCAUGGUUCACCAACCCUGGCUGGUGGGUGAGAGUGGUUAGAAAUAAAUGCUGAUUAUUUCUAAGGUCCUUUGGAAACCUGGGAUCAAACUACCUCUUAGUAAACUUUCUUCCUGACUCUAUUUAUCUUUCAGCCAUUGGGUUUAGGGAAUUUGGCGUAACAACUACUUUAUGUUCUAGAUAGGCAGCUUUCAUUUGGAUUGGAAAGCUCUGUGGGCUGGGAGUUAGGACAUGGAGAUUUUUCCCCCAGCUCUGCCUAACUACCUCUGCUAACUACCUCUGUGACUUUGGCAAGUGCUUUCUCUUGUAUGGGCUCCUUCAGUUCGUUAGUCUGUCAGGUGGCUCUGCCUUUGGUAGCUCUCAGUGCACACGUGAAAGCACUUGGUAACCUGCCUAGCUCGGCACAUGGAGGAGACUCCUUAUCUUCCUUACUUGCUUCUGCAGACCUUGGGGACUUGCUUUUUAGGGAGUCUAGAAUUUGAUGAGAGAAGCUGUGCUUACUUGGUGUGUACUUCUUGAACUGCUUUGCAGCCAGCCUCUUCCCAUGUCUACCUUUCUGGAAAGUCAAGUUAGACUUUAUACCUGUGGGGCUUGUGCUGGAAAGGAUGAAAUGGGGGAAAUGGUGUCAGUAAUUAACACUGUGGACACCUCCCAUGAGGACAUGAUUCACGAUGCCCAGAUGGAUUACUAUGGCACCCGCCUGGCAACCUGCUCAUCGGACAGGUCCGUCAAAAUCUUUGACGUGCGCAACGGAGGGCAGAUCCUCAUCGCCGACCUCAGGGGUCAUGAGGGUCCCGUGUGGCAAGUGGCCUGGGCCCACCCCAUGUACGGCAAUAUCCUGGCAUCCUGCUCCUACGACCGGAAAGUCAUUAUCUGGAAAGAAGAAAACGGCACCUGGGAGAAGACCCACGAGCACUCAGGACACGACUCUUCAGUGAACUCCGUGUGCUGGGCCCCCCACGACUACGGCCUGAUCCUGGCCUGUGGGAGCUCGGAUGGGGCCAUCUCCCUGCUGACCUACACUGGGGAAGGCCAGUGGGAAGUGAAGAAGAUCAACAACGCUCACGCUAUUGGCUGCAAUGCUGUCAGCUGGGCCCCUGCUGUUGUACCUGGAAGCCUCAUAGACCAGCCGUCAGGACAGAAACCCAAUUACAUCAAGAAGUUUGCAUCAGGUGGCUGUGACAACCUCAUCAAGCUGUGGAAGGAGGAGGAGGACGGCCAGUGGAAGGAGGAGCAGAAGCUGGAGGCGCACAGUGACUGGGUCCGAGACGUGGCCUGGGCCCCCUCCAUUGGCCUGCCCACCAGCACCAUCGCCAGCUGUUCCCAGGAUGGUCGUGUAUUCAUUUGGACUUGUGAUGAUGCCUCGGGCAACACAUGGUCCCCCAAACUGCUGCACAAGUUCAAUGAUGUCGUGUGGCACGUGAGCUGGUCCAUCACAGCCAACAUUCUGGCCGUCUCCGGCGGAGACAACAAGGUGACCCUGUGGAAAGAGUCGGUUGACGGGCAGUGGGUGUGCAUCAGUGAUGUCAACAAGGGCCAGGGCUCCGUGUCAGCUUCAGCCACAGAAGGCCAGCAGAACGAGCAGUGACCAGAUGGUUUUGGCAUGGCUCCCCCAACUACCAGCUCCAGGACUGCCCCUCCCUGGGCCAACUGACCAAACAACUGGGAAGAGCUUCCAACUCCAACAAGAUUAUUUUCCCAGCAGUAGUUACAAGUGUGACCACAGGUUGAUCAUCUGCCUUAACAUGAUUUGAUAUGGUUUGAUACUAUCCAGCUGAAAGCAUUCAUGUUAUGAAGAAACUACAAGUGAUCUUCAAAUCUAUUAUCUUAAAUACUUUUGGCCAUUUUUUAUGUACCUUUGGGUUCAGGUAUUAUUUGGGGGGUUUUGUUUCCAAAGUAAUUAAAUAAAGUAAUAUUAAUUCUUGCUGCAA